GGUAGGAAAAGGAGGCGGGAUUCAAUGAAGCUGUCGUCUCAUUGGUUCACAGGCGCGUUUUAAUUUUCCAAUGGCGCACUAGUCGGGUGUGGGCGGUCUGUAAAUGUCUCCUCUUCAUAGUUAGUUCCUCCCGCCGCCCAUUCCCUGUCAUAUUGCUCUUCCUUUAACCCCCCACCCACCCCCCAAGUAAGUAAGUAUGAGUGAAAAGUAUCCCUCAUAGCAGCUCAGCGUGGUUAAAUUUAACAUGGCUUCUUCCAAACGCAAGGAUCCGGCUUCUGCAGCAGCAUCCCGGGUCUUGGUGCUCGAGGAAGAAGUCAGGAGCCUGACUGAGGAGCUGAGCCAGUGUCAGGCUGAUAAAGAAUUUGUGUGGUCUUUGUGGAAACGACUUCAGGUGGCAAACCCAGAUCUUGCACAAGUUGUCAGCUUGGUUGUGGAAAGAGAAAAGCAGAAAGCUGAACUCAAGGACAGGAAGGUUUUAGAAAUUUUACAAGUUAAAGACAGCAAAAUACAAGCAUUGGAACAGAGAACAUCUGGGCAACAAGAAGAGAUAAACAACCUUGUAAAGAGAAAGAUUGCUGUAGAUGAAGAGAAUAUUGUCUUCAAGAAUGAACUCUCCAACUUGCAACAGAAAUUUAAAGAUAAAAUCCAGGAACUUAAGGACACUAAGGAGUGUGCACUGAGAAAGGAAGAGCAAAGCAGACUGGUUAUAAAAAAUCUGGAGGAGGAAAAUGAGGGAUUAAGUACACGCUAUGCUGACCUGCUAAAUGACCUGGAGAAACUGAGGAAGCAGGAGGCACAAUGGAGAAUAGAAAAAUCUGGCAUUGAUGGAAAAAUAAAGAAUUUAGAAGCUGAUCUAACGGAGGCAAGGGGUCAAAUGGAAGUCUUACACAGAAGAUGCAACGAUUUGGUAUCCCAGCUAAGUGUUAAACAGGCUGAACUAACAGAAAAAGAUUUGGAUGCGGCCAAAGUUAGGAAGGAGUUGCAGGAGCUGCAGAAUCUCUACAAACAAAACACUGAACAUGCAGCACAGCAGGCAGAGCUGAUCCAGCAGCUUCAGGCUCUCAAUAUGGAGACGCAAAAAGUACUGAGAACUCAGGAAGAUGCUCACACAGCUGAAACGAUAUCUUGUCAAAAAGUGUACAAUGAGUUGACUAUAUUUUUUGAGAACCUCAAAGCAAGUGAGAAUCAACUCCGGCAAAGUCAGGUUUCUCUCAAGAAUCAGCUGCUUGAAAAAGAACAACAAAUAAAGCAGCUGGAAGAGCAACUUCAGCAGGCUCUCUGUUCAGUGCCUUCACCUCAAGGAACUCAUCCAAAAAGGAAACAGGAAUUCCAACAUUAUUCUUUAAGUGAGCUGGAAUAUCUCAUAACAUCACAAAAGACUGAAAUAAAGCUUUUACAGGAAAAACUGAAAAGAGCAAAUCGUACACUAGCAAAUCAUAGCCUUUGCAGCAGAGAUUUCCUGGACUGCAGCAAUGCUAGGGCUGGGAAGGAAUACAAGGAAACACCUGUGAAACGUUCAAGGUCUCUGUCCCCAAAGAGCUUUUUGAAAGAGUCGGAGGAACUAAAUAAGCUUAAAAUAGCUGGAAAAAAAAUUGAAAACUUAGAGAAGACACUACAGCUAAAGAUCCGAGAAAAUGAUGAGCUGAGACAAGCCCAUGAAAAGCGCAAAGAAAGGCUGCAGAUGUUACAGACUAACUACAGAGCAGUUAAAAAGCAAUUAAAGCACUGGGAAGAAGGCUAUAGCAAGCCUGGGAGUGGUAAAAGUGGAAAGGAGCGUUCAGAUCCCCAUCAGCUAUGCCAGGAAGAUUCUGAUGCUGUAUGGAAUGAGCUUGCAUUUUUCAAAAAGGAACACAAAAAGCUAUUGAUUGAAAAACUGAAUUUAGAGGAAGACUUGGAUCAGAUGAAAGUACGUGAAUCUAUGGAUAAAGCUAAAAUACAAGAACUUAAUAUUUGUUUGCAACAAGAAAGAGAAGAGCUGCUCUUUCGACUUGGUGAAGAGGAUGGGGUCAGGAACAGUACUCCAAAGAAGAAUGUGAAAGAAAUAUCAGCUGAGACAUUACAGAAGGUUUCACAAUUGGAAAGAAGGCUUAAAGGGUUUGAGAGAGAAUCAAGGAAGCUGAAGGAAGUUAAUAAAGAGUUAACUAAGGAUGCAAGUGAUCUGAAAACAUCUCUUAAGCAGCACAGAGAAGAAGCAGAGACCAGAGAGAGGGAGCUGGAGAAGCUACUGAAAAAGCUCAUAGAAGUAAAGAAGGACAAAUCAGACCUUCAGUUAAUGAUAGAUGGAUUGGAGAGAGAGGUUGCCUCUCUGAAGAGGCAAGUGGCAGAAGCAAACUCGUUGAGAAAUGAAAAUGAGGAUCUGCUGAGUCAAGUGAAGCAAUUGCAGAGUUCACUGGACCAAGCGAGGAUAGUGGGCUCUGUGGCCAGAGUGGAAGCAACCUGUGGCCAAUGUAGAUGUAAGAGCGCAAGCGCCAAAGUUAAGUUGAAAACAGGGAAGAAAAAGAGCUUAGUGGAACAUCACCAGUCUUUUCUCAAUCAGUCCAUCAAGGUUAUGAGCGGUGUGUUUGAGAACUUCAGUAAGGACGGCUGGGAGGAUAUGAGUGAAAGCAGUGACUCUGAAAUACUUGCUUCUGAAAACUUGGGAACAGAAAUUCCAAAAACAGCACAGCCUAUUCCAUUAAUGGACAAAAAUGAUAACCAAGUACAAAAUAGGAAGGAAGAGAAUCAAAUGCCUCCAGAUAGUACGCAUUUAGAAGGCAAACAUGAAUUAUGUCAUAAAAAGCAAAACAAAGAUGCAGAUGCAGCCACUUUCCAAAGGAAAAAGACCCCAAAUUCAGCUCCCAUUAAUAACGUCUACAGAGAGAAGAGGAGAAAUACUGUGGUCCAAAAACUUGGUUGCUCUGUUUCACUCUGGGGACGGAUUACAUCCUUACAGCAGCAGUUAGCUAUUCUUCAGAAUUCAAAAAAGACAGCACUAUCUUCUCUCAAAAAGUUUAAGGAAGCCAAUAAAAAAUUAACCUCUCAGUUGCAUCGGACCGAACAAAGACUCCAAACCAGGAAACAAACUGUUCAGACUCUGAUGUCCAACCUGACUGAGUUACAGCGAGAAAAAUCAGAUUUGCAAGGAAAAUUGGACCACCUGACCCAAUCUACCAAACUGAGAGAGGGCCUGUCUCCUGUGACAUCUGGCCAUACUGGAACGACACCAGCAACUCCACUAAAGAAUGUAGAUCUGGAAAUGAAGCAGCUGCAAUGUAAACUGAAGAAUGCAAAUAAUGAAAUCACUAAACAGUCAUCAACCAUUAAAUCUUUGAAAAAUGAAGUCCAAGGAAAAGAACAACAGAUGCAGGAACUACAGGAAAAGAUUUCUCGAAUGGAGAGAGACAUAAGUAUGAAAAGACAUUUAAUAGAAGAUUGGAGAUUGCGGAUGAAAGCAAAUCAGGAAAAGGAGAAAACCUCUAAUGAAACACUGCAAACUCUUGAAGAAAAGGUAAAGGCAUUGACCGAAGACUGUUCAAAUAAGAAAACGUCAAUUGAUUCACUAAAGCAAAGGCUUAAUGUAGCUACCAGAGAAAAAGCACAGUAUGAGCAGAUGUAUCGCAAAGCUAAAGAGGAGUUGGAGAAAAAGGAGCUUAAACUUACCAGUCUAGAAGGUAAAAUGGCUGAGGCUGAAUGUGUCAUGACGGAGCUGGAAACUACUGCCUCUCAGCAACUCUAUGGCUUGGCAAGGCAAAGUGAGCAGGCUCUUGAAGUCGUGCAGAAAAAACUGGUGAUGGCCAAUGACAAAGUGCAAGAGUUCAUUACUUUUGUGAAGACUUUAGCCACAGAGCUACAGCAUAAUGUGAAGGAGAUGAGAACAAGGAUCAGAUGUGCUAAAAAAAUGGAGCAAGAGAAAAAAUGUGGCAGUUCUAUUUCGAAAGAAUCUGUCAGCCGGGCCCAGCACUUGGCAGCAUCUAUCCUUAAUAUUUCAAAGAGUGAUUUAGACGAUAUACUUGAUGUUGAAGAUGAUGAGGAAAUUGAACAGAUGAAAAUGGAAUAUGAAAGUGACAAAGAAUGGAUGUCCUACUUACAGAAGCUUCUUGAAGGACAGUUUCCUUUUGCUUCAUAUUUAAUGGAUGCAGUGCUGGAAAAACUAAAUGAGCAGAAGAAGCUGGCUGAAGAAUACAGUUCUCUUGUGAAACAAAUGGUCUAGGUGCUGGCGAAUUGAAACCUGGAAGAGAGAAGAGGGACACCUUCUGAGCUCCGACUGUAUUCUAACUCAAACUAAAGGCUGAUUUGCAGUUUACGGUAGCAAGUGUAUUUGCUGCACUUACACAAAACACAUUAAGUGUGAAGAGGAGAUUCACAUCUCCAAACAUGCAGUAGAUACACACUAGGGAGCGAUGCCUAAUCAUGCAAGGAACACUGUUGUAAACAUGGCAGACUCUUCCGUUGUAAAGUAUGAAACAGCCCUUAGGAAGUAAGGACUAUUUCAUUCAAUAGGGUUUACUUCCAAAUAAAUAAAUUUAGGAUUGGGCUGUAGAUUUCCUGUCUUAUGGGAAUGUGGCACUAGACAGCUUCUAUGCAAACUCAAGAUUUCAAGACUUAUCUGUGGACACAUUUGAUAUCUGUUAUAUCCCCAUUCUGACUGGAAAUAGUGUAAGCAGUUGGUUGUUGAGCACCAGGAUUACCAUGGAAACAGAGAAUUAUUUUCCCAUUAGAAAGUCUUGAGAAAACAAGAUACAACUCUAGGGGUUAAGCCUUCAAGGCUGUAUUAAACAAGGAGCAUUCAAUGGGUCCAAUCCAUUGGGCUUUUCUUCUGCAGCUUCUCUUUUUUCACAGCUCCUAUUCAUUUGAAUGGGUUUCCUGUAGGAGAACUUCCUAAUGGAUUGUGCCACACAUUUACAAAAACAGACAUGCAAGUUUGAUUGUAAUCCUUUUGAAGUUAAAGGACCAUCUGAAAAACUCCAUUCGUCAUUAAGAUGAGAGGCAAUCUCUAAGUUUCCUUUUUAUGUGAAACAUCUUCAAAAGGAAAAGUAUGAAGUGAAUAUAAGAAAUGGUUAUUGAAUAAAUUUUAGGGUCCAUUCGGCUGACAUGUACCUUUAACUUUUGACUGAAAGAGUGUAUAAUGUGUGCAAUUCAUUAAAUUUUAUUUAAGUUUUUUUAAAAUA